GUCGUACCUAACUUUCAACUUCCUUUAUUUUGUGUCGUAAUCGCGAUAUUACCAUGUUAUUUAGGUCUCUGCUGUUCGGUGCCUGUGGUCUUGGCGCACUUGGAGCUGCAGCGUAUAAAUUCGCCCCAACCAAGUUUCCAGUAGGAUUUUUCCAUUCUGUGAGUAGAAAAUCAGCUCUCGUGGUGCAGUCCAGUAUGAAGAUAGAGCUGCUGCCGGCACUCACUGAUAACUACAUGUACCUCCUUAUUGAUGAGGACACAAAAGAGGCAGCCAUUGUGGACCCAGCAGAUCCUGGGAAGGUUGUUGACGCUGUUAAGAAGCAUGGUGUGAAGCUUAAAUCCGUUCUGACCACACAUCAUCACUGGGAUCAUGCAAGUGGAAAUGAGAAGUUGCUGAAGUUGGUCCCUGGGCUGGAUGUUUACGGAGGUGAUGACCGAGUAGGAGCCUUGACCAAAAAAGUAACACAUUACAACACUUUCAAAGUGGGCUCGCUCAAUGUAAAGUGCUUGUUUACUCCGUGCCAUACGAGUGGACACAUCUGCUAUUUUGUGACGUCAGAAAAUAGCUCAGAACCCCCAGCGUUGUUUACAGGGGAUACCUUAUUUGUGGCAGGCUGUGGAAAGUUCUUUGAGGGUACAGCUGAGGAAAUGCACAAGGCUCUGAUAGACAUUCUGGGACGACUUCCUCCUGAGACGCGUGUGUACUGUGGUCAUGAGUACACAAUCAACAAUUUAAAAUUUGCACGCCAUGUUGAACCAGAUAAUGAGGCCAUUAGAAGAAAACUGGCAUGGGCUAAGGAAAAAUAUGAUAAUGGAGAGCCAACCAUUCCUUCCACAAUCGCAGACGAGUUCACGUUCAACCCCUUCAUGAGAGUCAGAGAGAAAUCAGUACAGAUGCAUGCCGGCACAAGUGACCCCAUAGACACGAUGAGGAGUAUCCGGAAAGAGAAGGACGGCUUCAGAGUGCCCAAGGAUUGAGCUUGUGUGCAGCUUUCAAUGCAUUGACAAAAUACUCAGUUACACUUAGGCACUUCACACUCUUAAUAACACAAACUGGGCUAUACACAAAAGAAAACAUUCAUGUCAACCCAACAUUUCUAUGUUCCUUAAAGGGGUUGGAAUUGAUUUCAAUGUUGUAUGUUUCUCUGGUCAGCUAGUUGUUCAAAAUGAACAUGCACUGAAACAUUAAGCUCAUCUGCUGCUUAUAUAACCUCAUGUAUUUCUUUCUAGAGCACAAUUUCGGAUUGUAUUAUUUGUGUUAGAGCUGGAGAUACAUGAUGCUUCACCGUGCUGUUGCACCUUUAAAUCUUUGAUUUGGUUAAAUCUUUAUUCAGUAGAAAGUGUGAGAUUCCUGUAGUUUCUAAGUGAAAGGUAAUUAUUAGUGGUACCUAUAGAAUCUGCAUAAGCAAUACUGACAGCUUCUGAGAGUUAAAAAAAAUUAAAAAAUUAAGUUUAUCUCUGGUAUGAUUAGUUUGGUAAAUUAAAAAUAUAUAAGCAAGAUAUUUCUAAUGUAAAAUAUUUAUGUAUUUUGUGAUUUUUGAAUAUGGAGAAUCUUAAUGAGUUAACCCAUGUCUUAAUGUGCAAUGUUUUAUUUUUGGUAAUUGAAGAAGGCUAUUUUAAGAUGGCAGGUGGUUAUGAUCUUGUUAUAAAAGUCAUAAAAGAAAAUGCAUUUACAGGCUUGCAGACAGUAAUCAGAUAUGGGAUAUUAAUUGCUUUAAAUUUAUUUUGUAAAAAGGCAAUAGUUGUCAUGCUCUAAUUAUUAUUGUACCCUGCCUUGCACUUUCUGUUCUUAAAAGCGAAAACAUUAAAAUGAUUAUAUAUCAGUGUAAUCAAUAAAGUGCCUGUGAGAACAAACAUAUUCAUGUUCUAUUCUGAUGGUGAUAUAUUUAUUUUCUAAAUGUGUAUGUUAUUGCAAUGA